AUGGAGAUGGUUCUAGGUGGCCAACUUGAGCUACACCUGCUCCAAGGUUGUUGCUUGGAGGCAGAAAGGGCAGACCGUGUUGCAGUUCAGCUCUUGGGCCUUCGCAAUGCCUUGGGCGAGGGCACCCAUACCCAUUUAUUGAUGACGAUGGAGGAGGUUAGCAUCUCGGGCCAACUGCUCCGUGAACUGGCAGAGUACUCCAAAGUUCAUUUCUCUCGGGUUCCGGUCGUGCUCGACUAUCUCGAAAUCCUUCUUCCUUGCCUAUCAAGAUCCCUACGAGAUAUCACGACCUAUUACGAAGACAGAACUCUCACCAAGGAGAAUCGCUGGCGGAAGAUGUACCACUCGAUGACCCAAGAAGCUGGGGGCCUUUCACUACCACAGCGCUUUAUUCUUUACAAUCGUUUUCUGUCCUUGUUACGGGAGUUGCUAUUGAGAUCGCCUAAUUUUGACUUCAACACUAUGGAAUGCACUCGAUUGCAGUUGAUGCAACUCAGGGAAGCCAGAGGCAUUCCUCCACCCCCUAUUCGCCUUAAUUCAACAAUUCGUCCCGAUUCUGUGCUAGAUGAUGAUUCGGGCAUCGCGACUAAUAUUCAUUGGGCUGAGAAAAUCUUCUCUUUACCUCUUCCCUCCCGGACUCCGCUUAAGCAUCAGCAGUCGUCCAAGGCAUAUGGCCCACACGCUCCCUGGAGUCAAGUUCGCAUGCCAAGUGAUGCAAGAAUCCUUUUCAUUCGUUCUUUCAAUGAGCGCCAGAUAACCCUGAUAGUAUAUCAGAGUGGUCGAGACAGGUGCCCAUAUCUCCUCUUGCGAACGUUCCACAUGGGAACUCCAUGGUUUUCGCUUCGUGGCGCACACGAACUAUGUGUCGAACGCAAUGGGAGCAGUCUUCAGUUCUGGAGAUGGAGUUCCAGUGAGCACUGCCCCAAGAUGUGGGCCAAUCUUUGCUUCAUGACGUGGGAAGAAUUGGUGCUCCUGUACUGCUGCUUUUUAUCUUUCAAGACACGCAAUAGUCUUACAGUGCAGGUUGCAAAUGAAGACCUUGCUCUUUGGGGUGAACGCAAAUUGUUCCAAGCUCGAAUCGUGGACGACGGUUUCAUGCAUUCUCUUAUUGUAUAUGAGGACUAUGUGACAAAGGGUAUUCGCCUCCACGCUGCAGUCUGGGACGGUGACCUACGCCAAUGUCCUGUCUGGACAGCUUUCAUCACACAUCAGUCAGCCUCCCCUAAAUGGAUGAGGAGAGUCAGCAAGACCAGAGUUCGACUUGCUGACAUUCAGCUCUACGUCUUUUGCCAGGAAUACCGGCAGCAAAACCAGCGAGUCAACCGUGCAGGAGCUUUCGAGAUCCGAUUCGUGAGUGAAGAAGCGGCCAAGCGUUUCAAAGAGCUAUUCUCUCCUGCGCUCAUUGACGAGAGCACCGCCACAGAGUCGACACAAACCUAA